AGCAGUUUCAGCAGGAAUGUUAUGUGCCCUUACCACUUUGUCCCAGCAACUGGAGAAUGAAAAUGCUGUGGAUGUUUUCCAGGUUGCAAAAAUGAUCAAUCUUAUGAGGCCUGGUGUAUUCACAGACAUUGAACAAUACCAGUUUGUCUAUAAAGCAAUGCUCAGCUUGGUCAGCACUAAAGAAAAUGGAAAUGGUCCCAUGACAGUGGACAAAAAUGGUGCUGUUCUCAUUGCAGAUGAAUCAGACCCUGCCGAGAGCAUGGAGUCUCUAGUGUGACUGGAAUCCUGAAAGGGCACUUAAUUUGUAAACUUCUGAAGACUGAGAACUUUUUUGAGGCCUUUUUUGCCAGACUCUAGGUUAUACAAUAACCCAGUUACUUUUUUACACUGACAAAAGUUUUGAUAUUUAUUUUUUGCCAUUUUAUGUCUUAAUGGUAUCCUACUGAGCAUUUGCACCUCUGUUCAUUUCACACAGUGAAACGCAAUUUUACCUAGUUUGCACUAUAUGAUCAGUGUUACUGCCUAUAAUCUAAUACUACAGCAACCCCUGAUGUGACAUUCCAUGACAACAUAAAUGCUACUUUUUAGUUCAGUACAGUGAAGGUCUUUGUUAUGACAGUGAAUCUUGAUUAUUUUAUUAUUAUUCUUGCUAAAGCAGUUGCAUUCUACUAGCAGGCAAUGCUGUACUUUUCCUCAUUCCUCCUCUCCUAUUUUUUUUAGGCAUUGUUCAAUACUUUAUGCCUUCUGUAUUUUAAUGGCGUGGACAAGCAUUAUUUUCUUUUACAGACUAGCAGGCUAUUGGAAGCUGCUAGAAGGUCUUUAAUGUCAUAUCCUUGAAACAGUUCCACUUAUGAUGGUGAAGAGAUCCAUUAAGAAGUUAGAAGGCUUAAGAGUUGUUUCAUGUGAACAUCACUUAUUAGUUACAAAGUUAUAUUCAAACCUUUAAAAAAAGUGUCAAAAUAAAGGAUAACUCUGUAUUACAGCUUUCACAGUA